UAGCUUCAAUUAACGUCGGUGCUUGAGGAUAGAAGACAUCGGAUUAGCCUGCUAGCUCGCGAGCUAUGCUAACUGUCGUUUGCUUUUGCUUGCCUAGCUAGCUAAUUAGCUAGAGCUGAAUUUAUGAAACUAGUAGAUUGUCCUUUUAAUAACAACCUGAGCCACCUCUGGUAGGCUACACGUCACUUGUCUAAAUUGAUAUUGUCAAUACACCCUACAGCCUUUCAAUUUUACUUAACAAAUAAAUAAAAUAAUUAAUGAAUUCAAUGGCUGUAUGCUUUCAAUAAUUUGUUUUUAGGCAUGUAACUAACAAUUAAUUGUCUCUAUUGAUGAAUGUUUGUGUCACCUCCUGAUUGUUUUAUAAGAUGUAGAUAUUUUUUUUUCCACAAUAUCCAAGAACCUAAGUUGAUGUCUUCAGUUUGCCAUAAUGUUCAACUAACAGUCCAGAAUGCAAAUAUAUUACUAAUUAUUGAUGUACAGGGCAGUAAUUGCAUAAAGUGCAUUAAAACUGAACUUCUUUGUAGUCAAGUUGCUUACUUCUUCAUGCAGUUGUGUGUCAGGCAAGUAAGCUGUCCCAAAAACAGGUUUUGGGAAUGUAUGAAGAAGUAUGCGUGCAGUAAUUCUCCUCAAUUUAUCUCACAGGUAUGGAUAGCAGAACAGAAACUGACCUUCGACAAGAAGAAGCAAGAAGAUCUUAUGCAGGCGUACAUGAAAGAGCAAGACUGUUACAACAACAGGGUGUUGAUGGGGGAUGAUCGUGUUAAAAAUGGCCUCAAUUUCAUGUACGAGGCUCCGCCUGGAGCAUCCAAAGAGGAAACAAAAGAGGAUGGGGAAGAAGAGUACAAAUUUGAGUGGCAGAAAACGGCUCCUCGAGAGAAAUAUGCGAAGGAUGACAUGAAUAUUAGAGAUCAGCCAUUUGGAAUCCAGGUGCGCAACGUGCGAUGCAUCAAAUGUCACAAAUGGGGCCACGUGAACACAGACAGAGAGUGUCCUCUCUAUGGGCUGUCGGGGAUCAACGCCAGCUCUGUGGCCUCAGAGGAGGCACCAGGUCCGUCGAUGCACCCCUCUGAGUUAAUGGCGGAGAUGCGAAACAGUGGGUUUGCCCUGAAAAAAUGUGUUCUUGGUCGGAACGCUACAGUUUGUGAUCCAUCGCAGGAAUAUGUUGCCAGUGAUGAAGAGGAAGAUCCCGAAGUGGAAUUUCUGAAGUCAUUAACGACCAAGCAAAAACAGAAGCUCCUUGGAAAACUCGAUCGCCUGGAUAAACAGAAGGCCAAAAAGAAGAAGAAUAGCAAAAAACAGAAGAAGAAGAGCAAAAGAAAACAAAAGAAAAAGCAUGAAAGUAGCGAGAGCUCAAGUGACUCCUCUGACAGUAGCAGUAGUGAUAGUGGCUCAGAUUCAGACAGUCACGGCAAGUUCAAGAGCCAAAAGAGAAAGAAGAACAAGAAAAAAGAUUCCUGUCGGGAUAACAGCUCUAAGAGCGAGCGGCGAGUCAAGAGUCAGAAAAGGGCCUCCUCUCCUAGAAGCAGGUCACCGAGCCCUCACACUGGACACAAGCGGUGUGAUGAGGAGUCCGGAGAUUAUAGACAAACAAGGACAGAGAGGGGAAGGAGCGGCAGUCGAAAUCGCAGCCCAGAGAACAAGAUCAAGCUGGAGGGAGGUCAAGAGAGAAAGGGACACAACAGCAGGGACAGCCAGAGACCUAGCAGCUCCAAGUCUUGCGUGGACAGAAGUAGGAGCCGCGACAAAGGCAGGGAGGACAGAGGUAGGGACGGGAGACACAGCAGAGAUGAUGAGAGGAACAGAAGUAGCACAGAUGGAAGGAGAGGCAGAACAGCAGAUGGGAGGAGUAGAAGCAGGGAAAGGAGGAAGGAAAGGGAGGGCAGGGGAAGAAGUAAGAGUUGGCAGAGAAGAGAGAGAAGCCAAGACCGAGCAAACAGAAAGCACUGACUGUUUGUUUUUCUUCCCUCUUACAAUAUUGUAUACAAUAUACAAUAUUCCUCUUACAAAACGUGUUGACUGUGUUUUGCAAUGACUAUUCUAUGGUGUUCAAAGUGUCCCGUUUUUAGAGUUGCAGAUAUUGUGCAGCAGGUCUCCCUUUUCUCCAGUAGAGGGAAGCAGUCCACGUGAAAUAUGUAGACGCAGCUCAUGUUGUCCUGUACCUAUGAAAGGGUCUAAAUCAUUUGAUUACCAGUCGAAGCAAUUUGCAGCUAUGAUCCGUUGGUGGGAAAAUAUUGGACUCGUUUUUAAUGGCUUCUAGAAAGACAAAUUUCUGUUGCUGCAGUUUUUUUUUUUUGUUUUUUUUUAAUCUUGCUUUCAUUAUUGUGUAUUUUUGGAAAUGUGGACAUUGUAAUGCUUAGGCAGCUGUUAGCUGCAAAAAAAAAAUGUGGGACUUUGUAUUUUCUGAUUAAAUUUGUAAACAUCUUUAAUUUAAUGAGUUUGUUUUGCGAUGGAUGAAAGAAUGUCAGUGUCUAAAAAUCGGUUGAAAAUGUAGAAAUCCCUGUUGAUUACCAUCAGCGUAUAUCCACUAAGUAUUUUUAAAUUCUGCUCACUUGAUGGCAAAUUAUUACUUUUACUGUGUUAUAUUUUUCAGGCCGGUUUCCCUGAAUGCCAUGACACAAUGUGUUAUCAAUACGUCCUGCUGAGUUUUUGCGGGCGUCAAACAAAACAAAUAUGAUUUCUGUCCAAAUAUACAGCGUGUAAAUACAGCCUAUAGAGACGAAACUAAAGCUGCAGUAUUUUUAUUUUCAUUAUUGCACAUCUAUUAUUUUAAUUUGGAGGAAACUAGAAUUUAAAUUAUUAUAAUAUUACCUAGAUUGGACAAUUGUUUCUUAUUCACUUUUGUUUUGGCCGAUAUUUACACCUUUUUUAUUUGACAGUCUCUACAAUGUAGACUCGGAAAAACAAUUUAGAUUUUGAAAUAAAAAACAAUUACAUUUUAUCUCAAAAGCUUAAAUUUCCCCAUUUUUUUACUUUAAGUGUUAGCCUAUUUGAAUUUCAUCAAAAUAUAAAAGCUAUCUAAUCGUUUUCACUAUUUGGCCGUUUACUUGAAGCCGCUGUUGCACAAAAGGAAAUGAAAAUAAUUCCCCUCUAUUGCCUUCUGGUCAAUUUAACAUCCUCUUUAAAAAAAAAAAAAAAAAAAAAAAGAGGGUGUCUGGAUGAGACGCUUUUCCUUGACGUAUUCCCAGUCCUGGACUCGCGCUGUAAUUAUUCCCCGGCUUUUUUCUUUGAGAGUCGGACGCUGCAGUGGGUAAGCACAAAGAAGUCGGAGAGCAUCCUUGAACCCUUUCAAUACGGGGCCACUGAUAUUCAAAUAACAUGCACGCACCGUUUGCCUGCGCUGAGCAAAGAGCAUUUCUAAUUCAAACAUUUGCAUGUGACUCUUCGCCCCUUCUUUUUUUCAAGUUUAGAAAACUGUUCCCAUAACAUCUAUGUGGCUUCUGGCCAAAAGAACGACGCCGUAUC